AUGUCGGGGAACCGACUGGUCAUUGGCCUCGAUUAUGGAACCACGUUCACAGGUGUUGCCUUUUGCGAGGCUACGAGUGACGACACAAACAUCGAUAAAAUCGAGGUCGUACAUGACUGGCCGGGACCACACGGUCAAUUAGGAACCAAAGAGAAAGUACCCAGCGAGAUAUCGUAUUCCGCGGCACCAAGUGGGAGAGUUCUUUGGGGUUCCCUGAUUCCCCCCCACGCCCAGCGUCAGGUCUGGACGAAAUUGGAACUUGACGAGAAGAAAGAGGGAGAUGAUCUGAAGAACUUGAUCGCAAUGCUCAGAGGCAUUGGGAAUCUGGACCUCAGCCGUUUCUCUGACCGAGAUGGCCCACCGGCGUAUCCAGGAAAGGAUCCUGUUGACAUUGUGGCGGAUUACCUUACUCAAGUCAAAGCACAGCUUACCAAAAAUCUCGAAAGGACCUAUGGAGGAGUUUAUUUGACCAUGCCAAUUGACCUGGUCAUCACAGUGCCCGCCGUCUGGUCUGAUCGUGCUAAGGACCGCACAUUCCGUGCUGUCGCACAGGCUGGCUUUGAUGAGACGACCUUCCCAAAUCUUCGGGAGACUAUCAUGGUCACAGAGCCGGAAGCCGCAGCUAUCUACGUAUUGAAGACUAUGAAGGGAGGUCGGCUGGGCGAGGAUGUUGUCGUCGGAGACUGCUUCGUGUUAUGUGAUGCCGGAGGAGGGACUGUCGACCUGAUCUCUUACCGUGUCAAAACAGUCGAGCCAACUUUCACGAUCGAAGAAGCAGCCAUCGGCACCGGAGAAAAAUGUGGAGGCAGUUUCGUCGACCGCAACUUUACCAAGUGGCUCGAGAAGAAGCUUGGGACAGCUGACUACAAAAAGAUCGCUGACAACUCUGCCGGAGAGCAAGAGCAAGGGAGACUUGAACCGAAGAUGGGCAGACUUAUGCAAGCAUUUUUAACUGCGAAGACCAGCUUUGGUAGCGAAGAGGAUGAAGAGCACAUUCUACCAUUACCUGCGCCACUUAAUACCCUUGACGACCAGGAUAGAGGUAUUGAUGGCGGAGAAAUCUUCAUUACAUCAGACGAUCUGAAAGAGAUGUUUGAUCCAUGUGUUGAAAAGACUUGCGCUUUGAUCGCGGGACAGAUCGAUCAAGUUGAACGAGCUGGCUCCACCGUUAAGUAUGUCUUCCUCGUAGGAGGGUUCGGAAAAUCACCAUACAUGUACGAUCGAGUUAGUCAGUUCGCCAAAGACCGCGGCAUCACCACGAUCCAACCUACGAAAGCCUGGUCCGCCGUCGUCCGUGGUGCCGUCGCCAGAGGUCUCGAAUCCAAAGGCUCCGACCUCAUCUAUCUACGAAAAUGUCGGAGACACUACGGCACUCCUGCGUCUGAACCCUUCUCCGCCUUCAAACACGCGGAAGAAGACGCCUACAUUGACGAGCACGACGGCGAGAAGUACGCUAAGGGUCAGAUGAGUUGGCUCAUUACAAAAGGCUGUGCACUUGUCUCUUCCCAGGCGCGACAUGCCGAGAUCGAGCUGUACCGGACGUUUGAUGCCACUGAGAGUCGUGUAUUCAAGGCGCGGCUGGUGGCUUGUGACGACGAUGCUGCGCCGCGACGGUAUGCGGAUGCGAAUGCCUACAACGUUACCAUCCUCUCCGCCGACCUAAGCUCUGUACCCGAACACAAAUUCCAAGUUGCGCGGAGCGGUCCGCAUGGGAAACCCUACUUCAUCGCCAACUUCAAGAUCAAUAUUUCGCUGGAAUCGAAUCUCAAAUUCUGGCUUACGUUCAAUGGACAGGAGUAUGGAUCUAUUACCACGCAGUAUGAUUGA